GGCAGUUUCAUCAUUUUUAAGGAGUACAUCAACUCCAAGUUCACCAUUGUUAUCGAUUGUGAUCGGUUGUUCCAAGCACGACGUAAUGAAUGCUGGAAUGAAAAUUUUCGGUUUAAUCGCGUUUAAAUUUAUUUGGUUGAUAUUUUUUAUUAUCUUGGUGGAGUUAUAACUCCAUUUGAAUUAUAAUUCAAAUUGAAGCCCGAUCCAAAUUAUUAUUCACACUUGAACAAAAUAUUAUUCAGGCUUAGUGCUUGAAAAAAAGUUUUUGGCUCAACCUUAAAAGAAUGUCCAGUGGACAUUGUCCACUCAAACAUAAACCCACCCAUUAGCUUCCUUUCUUGGUAUUGCUCUUGAAACUCGGGCCACGUUGGAAUGUGUUUUUUAUAGCCCAAUCGCUGCAAAAAUUGAACUAAAUAUUGAUGAUAAUAUUCAACCAGUUCGUCGAAGCGAUGUGGGCGAAAAGAUUCGCAAACAGAUGUGUUUAAGAAGAAAUACAAAUCAAUUGUUGGCGACGACCAAAAAGUCAUUUGAAAAUCGAUGAAAACAACAUUUUCCAACGGUUGCUCCUCGGUUGGAUUGUUAAUCUUGAGCAUUAUGUUUGGUGGCCAGAAAUCAUCAUGGAUCAAUGUAUUGAAAUGAUUCGGAUUGACGUCGUAGAUGCGACGCCAUCGUUCAACCACAUCCUCUCGGGUACGGCGCAAUUUUUCAGUGUACAUAGAAAACUCGGGCCAAGUUGAAAUCGUUUCAAGAAGCGCAUCGAAAUUUCCCGCAUACAUGUGGUUAUAUACGUCAACAUCGCGACUGAAGUGACCUGGAAUAUUUGGAAUUUGUUAGUACUGUAUUAGCUUUUUCUCUGAGCAAAGAAAAGGAUUGAGGAAAAAUUAGGCGAACGAAAAGAAACAAAAUAUGAUAUUUCGAAUGGCAAACGAACCACUUUUGAAAUUCGUAAAAAUAUUCGGAUUUUCUUCUUGCAAAACGGCGCUAAUGGCGUGAAGUGUAGCCAUCCGCUUCAGAAUUGCUUUUGUUUGAGCGAUAUUGUAUCCCGGUUGUGCUGGCAAUACUCCAUAGCCUUUGGCUCCUAAAUCUUCCAUUAUCAUGAUUUUUCUGGUUUUACACACGCCAAUCGAUUCAGGCAACAGCUGAACUUCACCCAAUUCCUUCAACUUUUGACCAAUUUUUGGCGCGAUGUCACCAUAAAAUUCAAUUUCCCGAUUGUACACAUCGUAAUUGGCAAAUGUAUCCACUGUCUCUUCGGAAACGGGCACUUUUAUUAUUAGGUUGAUGGUCUUAAAAGAUGAAAAAACACCAAAAUGUUUAUUACCCAAUUCUGAAUGUAAAAUUAUUUUAAAAAAAACCAAUUUCCAAAGAAAAUUGUUCGGAUUUUUCUACUGUGAUUCGAAAAAAGUGGGGAAGUUGGCUCGAGGCACUCGCGGACAUGCUUGAAAAGGUGUUUUGACAUGACCAUUUAAAAUUUCCACAAAAUACUUACUUUGUCAUCAUCUUCGCCCGGAACGCUGUACUUGACCGUGGUUCGAAGCAUUGAACUCAUGAAGCCUUCGUCUUUUCCCGCACCGGAUUUCACAUCGAAUCGGAUUAAUUUAAUGUCAUUGUUUUUGUAAUAAUUUCUCAAAUGACCCUCCAUAAAUGCAUCGGUCAGCCAUUCUGGCAGCGAAUUUGCGGCUGAAUUGUCGGACAUUAUAACUUUGAGCGUCAAAAUCACCUAAAGUAUUUAUGUGGAACCAGCGACAACUGAACAUCGACUAACUUGUGUAACUCAUUUGGAAAGUUUUCAAUACGAUUUUAUCAUUAUAUCUCUUUCUGUCACAUUCUCUCUCUCUCUCUCUCUCUCUCUCUCUCUCUCUCUCUCUCUCUCGAUGUCAAAGCCGAAGCUGGUGCAUUUUUAUGACGGAUGACGCACACGUCGUUAUCUAAUAAUAAACAAACAUUAAUGCUAAUUAUUCGAUUUGUCGAAUGCGUUCGAAAUUACAAGCGUACGUGAAACAACAACAAUUGUAGAUAAACAAGAGUGAGAGGCGUUGAGUUGCUUUAAAUUUAUCUUAUAUGCAUGUGUGAGUCUCAAUUAUUUGUAGGAAACUCUGUAAUUCAAUUUAAAGAGAAAAACCGAAUGGAAACAAUUGCCAUUAUGACUUGAACAUGACACUUGACAUCCAUACACAAGUACACUUUUUCGUAUAAAGCAUCAACAAGCGAGUUGAAAAAUUUGCUUUCAAAGUCAUUUUCGAGAAAAAACCCAACAUUUCUGUUCACCGAACAAAAUCAUUUUUUUUUAUUUGGCGCCAAAACUAUUUGUUACUCAUACUCAAUUGACACUCAAUAGACAAAACAUCUGACAAUGGGUCAGCUGUCAAACAUUCGACAAACCAACUGUCACUUUUUCCACUGAUGCUCUAGAAAAAAGAAAAUAAACAAAAUUUGUGUUAAACAAAAGCGAAACAUCUCUGAUUUAUUGUGUGAAUAAACGAAAAAAAAUCAAACUGAUCCCGUAAUGGAGGUGAUUUGUUAUGUUUGUAAUAAACGAACAAAAGAAUGGACGGAAAAUCUUGCUGAAACAAAGUCCAAGCACUCUGGCACGCCGAUUACUGUGUUCAUCACUGGAUUCCUCAAGGAUUAUAUCUCUCUGCGAGAUAUAAAUGAUGUGACCAAUUGCAUUUGUUCGGAUUGUUUGAGUCGAAUUUACUCGUACGAUUGGAUGUGUUUGAAGGUGAAAGAGCAGGAAAGGGAAUUCCAUAUGUUACUUAUGUCGACGGAAAAGAAUUUUAUCAGCAGUCGGAUCAAAACAGAGGAUUUAGUUGAAUCGAAAGCAAAGAUUGCGAAUGGACGUAAAUUCAAAGAUGAGAGUAGCAAAGAUGUUAAGCCAACUAUAUCAGGCACCGAAUUACUUCAAACCGGCACUCCAGUGGAAAAUGCAAAGAGGAGCAAACCAAUCAUCAUACGAGUUGUAAAACGUGUCCCAUUUCUCAAAUCGAAACCAACAGUUCCAGCAUCAACAACUCCAUCACCGGCCAAACCCACAACUGCCGUGAUCAAGCGAAUAGCACCUGACGGUGUACCACCUUCUGGCUCGAAACUUUUACUAACUCCAAAAACGAAAUCGAAAAUCGGUAUUAAAGUGUGCGAAUAUUGUGGGGAGAAAUUUACAAAUUCUGGUACCGCUUUUGAGAACCACGUGAAAAUACACACAAAAUCAACUGGUGUGAUCACAUGCCAUGUAUGUCUCUAUCAAAUGUGUGAUUCGGAUAAGGAUGAAUUCAAGAACCAUGUCAAAAAGCACAUAAAAGGAACAGCAAAACAAUGUGUCAUUUGUGAUGAGGGUGGAUCGGAGAAUUUCGACUUGAGGUAUCACGUUCAGAAGCAUCAUACUGCCGCCAAUCAACUCUGUGAUUUGUGUGGCAAAACGUUUGUGUUUGCAUCAGCCCUCAGCAAGCAUCGGAAAUCACACAAUGAAGAUCGACCAGAAGAAUGUCCACACUGCGAUAAAACGUUUAAGUUCAAGCGUUCUUUAAAAGAGCAUAUGCUCACUCAUACUCAAACCGAGCCAGAAUUCGGGUGUGCUUUCUGCGAUAAAAAAUUCAAACGGAGAGACCAUUGCCGAACUCACGAACGACGGCACAGAGAAGACACGAAGAAAUUUAAAUGUACCAUUUGUCCUGCGGCUUUCGAAUCCAAACACGAUUUGAAUCUACACUUGCAACGGAAACAUGAUGCUGAAAAACCACACGAUAGAAAUCGGCGAUAAAUUCACACAUUGACUGAUGGUUUUAGGCAUAAGCCAGUGACAAAGCGAAAGCUAAUCAACACAAGUAAUUGUAAAAUAAGUACUUAAAAUUACUUUGAACACAGAAAGACAUAAAAAGACAUUGUUCGUAUUAUUUAAUUGAAUAUUUUGACAAUUUGCAUUAUUGCCCAUCAGAAGUAGAUGAACAGAAAACACAUUAUAAGAGAAAAUUGUAGAAAAUACAUUAGAUUGAUUGAGGACAGCUCAAAUAAAUUAUGGAUUAGACAUUAAUUCAUUUGGAUUGAUUCGAAAAGUUGAAUGAAAAUUUCAAGAAAAAGCUCUUACUCUUUAGAAUUUACUGAUUAAAUUUUUUUUUUGUUCCUGUGAAUUUAUCAAUUUGAAUUGAAUU